AAACAAAGCUAGCAGAACCAAUGGGACUACAUAGACCCAGGCAGGUCUAAAAGAGAGAUAAAGUGAUCCAAGUAGAGCCAUACAGAGCCUACAGGGAUUAAGAGAUAAGGCCAAACAGAGCUAAACAGAGUCAUGCAGGACACCCAGGCUCAAUCAAAGCCAGACAGGGAUUUUAUUGUACUUACAGGACCCCUUACCUUUGUUAGCAGAAACCUUUGAUCUCAUUAACACCUUCUCUAAAAUCUCUAACUACACAAUAAACUGGAACAAGUCCACUAUACUCCCACUUUCAGAAGAUGCCUGGGAUUCUGCAGAACAGAACUCAUCACUUCUACUUUGCACUGGUAACAUUUGAUACUUGGGUACUGACAUCUCCCCCAGGCUGUCAGAGUUGUUUCAUCUUAACUACACUCCAUUGUUAAAAACAAUAACUGUUUCACCCAAAUAAAAUGGAGUGGAUAUGUAGCAGCAAAGAAAUAAGAAGAGUUUGUUAUGUGAAGAAAGUUACCACACACACCUGCCCCCUCUCCCCUUCCCACCUCCAGAACCACCAUGGUCAACGUUAAGGCUGUAUUCACACCACAUCAGGCGUUGCAGCGAUUAGCGCAGGGUUGUUUGGCAGAGUGGGUGCGUCACUAGAAGAAAUAAUACGUCAACCCAACUUGAAGAGCGAUACAAUGCCAAGCGACUGCGUGUCUUUGUACUCCCUCAUGGCAGGGUUGUACAGCUCUGGAAAUUUCAUCACGGUUCACAGUUGCUCGGUAAACAGUGGAAUGCUACAAUGCUACAUGGUAAACUGGUCUGGUCACUGGCUUACGUGAUUGGCCAACGCAAUUUGUGUCGAGUUGCGUUUCUUCAAAAGUUGAUUCUGUCAAAAUUAGGUAUUUCAACUAAAAUUGUAAUGAAAUAAUAUUGCCUACUUCAGCUUUAAGGCGUAGUCACAUGCACCAGAUGGGUGUGUAUGUUCCUCAUUCUACAGAUGUGGGCAUCAAAUAACGUGAGUCAUAUGGCACUGCUGCACUUGGUCCCAGUGUGUUCAAUAUUCACCACCAGACCAAACUCCAUGGAGACAGGCCACAUAAAGGAGGAAACACUGGGAACACUGGGAUUUAUGGAGUACUGGAAUACUGCCACUUCAACCUGCUGCUGAUUCCACAGUAUAAACGGGAGAUUUAGAGGAGCUACGACUCAAAGUGAAAGUAACUUUUUCGACUGACUGACUUCUGCUUUCAUUUUUCUGCCUGCUUUGUUUCUUUUCAGCUUUACUCAGAGACAAAAUGUCUUCCCAAUCAGAAAAGGAUCUCUCCUGUCCGGUCUGUCAUGACAUCUUUAAAGAUCCUGUUGUCCUGUCAUGUAGCCACAGCUUCUGUAAAGACUGUCUGCACAGAUGGUGGAGAGAGAAACAAAUAAAUGAGUGUCCGGUUUGUAAAGCAAGACCUUUACUGAGUGAACCACCUUGUAACCUGGUGUUAAAGAACCUGUGUGAGGCCUUCUUACUGGAGAGAGAUCAGAGAGCUUCAGCAGAGUCUGAGGCUCUCUGCAGUCUGCACUCUGAAAAACUCAAACUCUUCUGUCUGGACCAUCAGCAGCCAGUGUGCGUCAUCUGUCGAGAUUCAAAAACACACAACAACCACGGAUUCAGACCCGUCGAUGAAGCUGCACAGGAUCACAGAGAGGAGCUCCAGAAGUCCCUGAAGCCUGUACAGGAGAAACUGAAAGUCUUUAAACAAGUUAAAGGAAACUGUGAUCAAACAGCAGAACACAUUAAGGUCCAGGCCCAAAACACAGAGAGGGAGAUUAAGGAGCAGUUUAAGAAGCUUCACCAGUUUCUACAAGAGGAAGAGGAGGCCAAGAUCGCUGCUCUGAGGGAGGAAGAAGAGCAGAAGAGUCAGAUGAUGAAGGAGAAGAUUGAGGCUCUGAGCACAGAGAUAGCAGCUCUUUCAGACACAAUCAGAGCCACAGAGGAGCAGCUGAGAGCUGCAGACGUCUCAUUCCUGCAGAACUACAAGGCUGCAGUGGAAAGAAUCCAGCAGUGCCCCCUGCUGGACGAUCCAGCGCCGGUCUCAGGAGCUCUGAUAGACGUGGCCCAACACCUGGGCAACCUGACCUUCAACAUCUGGAGCAAGAUGAAGGAGAUGGCCUCCUACACUCCUGUGAUUCUGGAUCCAAACUCUGCUCAUCCAGAACUCACCCUGUCUGCAGAUCUGACCAGUGUGAGUUAUGGAGAGAGACAGAAGCUUCCUGAAAACCCAGAGAGGAUUGAAAUGCACCAAUGUGUUCUGGGCUCAGAGGGCUUUAACUCUGGGACUCACAGCUGGGAUGUUGAGGUUAGAAAUGAACAAUUUUGGGGCCUCGGUGUGGUACAAGAGUCUGCCUGGAGAAAGGGAGAAAUACUGACUGGAUACUGGGAAAUAUGUCUCCUUGAUGGAAAAUACACAGCAGUCUCUCCACCACUUCCACGUAAAGUUCUCCAAGUGAAGAAGCUCCAGAGGGUCAGAGUUCAUCUGGACUGGAACAGAGGAAAACUGUCAUUCUCUGAUCUCGAUACCAACACACACAUACACACCUUCACACACGCUUUCACUAACAGACUGUUUCCAUACGUUGGCACGAGGAAUAAACUCCCAGUGAAGAUAUUACCAGUGAAGUCUCUGUAACAGUGGAACAGCACACAGUGUCAACAGGCUUAUGGUCUAGUUUCCAACUGUAUUAGCUAAGCAUGCUAUAUAUUAUUAUUUUCAGGUUAAGUGAGGCUACUCAUGUGGCAUGUCAGUGAUACUUUACAUGUUGAAGGAGUUUUUAUGAAACAAAAAAAUCACAGGGCGAAUAUCUGUAUAUGAAUGAAUAGAGGAGAGUCAGUGUUUCAGGAACGUAAGAACCAUGUUGAUAAGACACUCUAGUUCUGUCAAAACAUGUACUGAUUGUGUUUAAUGAAAACAGGCUCAUUUUGUUACUCGUAUUGUUUUUUUUUUUUCUCAUUUCUAAGAAGAUGGUGAUGAUGAUACUUGUGGAGGAGACAGCAUGAUUAUGUUAAUGCUCCUCCCUACAAUAAUGACAAGAUGAUGAGGUUACAAAAUGCACCAAAUAUACCAAAUACAGUAUGUGUGCAUAUAGUAGAGCUCGUCCGAUACUGAAUAUUUGAAUUUUAAAAAUCAGAUAACAAUAUAUUGGCAGAUAUACAUUUUUGUACAUAAACAUAUAAUAUAACAAACAUUGUGAUGAAUAAUCACACUGCUAAUGAGAAAUAUUUAGUGGUUGCGCUCUUGUCUUUUUGGGGAAGAAUAAGACUCAUUGUAAGGAAUCAUUAUAUAUUCUUUGGCUUAUUUGUAGGCCAUUUGAUCAUUUUCAUUAUUUCGUUUUCGUAGUGCACAAUUCAAUAAAAACUGUCAACAUUGAGUAAGCAGAGGCAUUACCUCUUUCGAUUCAGGCUUAAUUUUGAACUCACUAUAAGUAAAAAUUUGUGGGAAAGCGGAUGAGUUUUGUAAAUGUAAACUGUACAUUACUGAUUAUGUUCUGAUAGUUUUAAACUACUUUUAAUUAUGAUUCUAAAACUAAUCAAGAAUAAAACCAAAUGGUUUCAGAUUAAAAUGUGUCCAGAGAUUUUGAGCACGAGUUAAAGCCCUAUGAUUUGAAGUGCUAUGAUGGAGCAUUAGGGACACUGUCAGGAACAAAAAUGAAAGUAGAAUCACAGUAGAGAAGAGACCAACAUUGAAACAGGAUAAAAACAGUAGGACUACACAAAAUACUUUUAUGAGGACCAUUUUUUUCAAAACAAUUUUGAACCACUGCUCCUCCACAAGAAAACCCCCACUAACACAUAAAUCUUCUUAAAACCAACUGUGCAUUUUGAUUUAUUUUAUAAUAAUAAUCCAGUGAUUUAAUAUUGCACUUCUGUAAAGUUGGGGUACUUGAGAGAGACAGACAAAAAAAAAAAAACAGUGUAAUCAAAGCAGCAGGGUAAAUGGGUAUGGUUAACUCUUUACAGGAAGGGCCAGAGCCACCUCUAUUUUCUGAGGAGGCUGAGGUCCUUCAACAUCUGCCGGACAAUGCUGAAGAUGUUUUAUGAGUCUGUGGUGGCCAGUGCUAUCCUGUAUGCUGUUGCAUGCUGGGGCAGCAGGUUGAGGGUAGCGGACGCCAACAGGCUCAACAAACUGAUCCGUAAGGCCAGUGACAGUGUGGGGGUGGAGCUGGACUCUCUGUCGAUGGUGUCAGAGGAGGAUGCUGGCCAAACUACAUGCCAUCUUGGACAGUGUCUCCCACCCGCUCCAUGACGUGCUGGUCAAACAAAGGAGCACCUUCAGCAGAAGACUCAUCCCCCCCAAAAAGCACCACAGAGCGCCACAGGAAGUCAUUCCUGCCUGUGGCCAUCAAACUAUUUAACUCCUCCCUCUAAGUGUCAGUCUGUAUGACCCUAAGUCAUUAAACUGGACAUUGGAUCAUCACUGCAAUACUUUAAAUAAUUAUGCAAUAUUCUCUGUUUAAUACUCCAGUGCAAUAUACUCUGUUUUCAGUUUAAUUUAUUGAUAUUUUUUAUAUUAUUACAUUGUAUUAUUAUACUGUAAAUACAGCAACUAUCAGUAUUUCUGAUUCUGAUUCUGAUUAAAGCGCUGAAAACACUGGAUCCUACAUUUCCCACAAUGCAACUUGAUAGCAUCUUUCAUUAGACCCUCUCCGCCUGGUAAACAUUAACAUCACUCCAACUCCACACCUCUAGUUUGUAGCUCAGACUUUCUGUUAUACAUUUGUAGUCUCCAAACUCAAACUGAGAUUACCCUGAUGAUGUCAUCAGGGUUAUUUUCUCCUCCAGAGCCAAAGACGACAUCAUACAACUGUUUUUACAGGUAGUAGAGUAGAACUAACCAUGACCGGUAAACUGAUCUUCAUGUGUAAAAUGAGUGGAGUGACAGUUUAACAUAUAUAAUAGACAAGACGAGAUGUGAAUGUGGUCAGUAGAUUAUAUUAUUCUCUUUAAAAAAGAC